UAUUAAGGAAAUGACCUUCCUCUUUCAUACGCUGACACUGAACUGCACCGCUGAUACAGUUUGAGAAUUUAGAAAGGACUGCAAGUGAGAAUGCCUGUGCAAAGACUGACUGGACUCCUGCCAUGGCUACUCUUCAACAUCAUACUCCUCUUCACAGGUGUCAGUGGUUCAGAACGUACUGUGUACUCCAGUGCAGGAGAGCUUGUCAGUUUACCAUGUAACCAUCAUGGCUCUCUUGACUGUUCCUCAAUUGUGUGGCUCCGGAGCAGUGUUGGAUCACAAGAAUCUAUUGAAUUGGACACUUAUGGAGUGGUCAAAGAUAAAAAUCAACAGAUAGCUAGAAGGCUGAGUGUGGGAAAUGAUUGUUCUUUGCACAUUAAUGAUCUUACCACUGCUGAUGCUGGACGGUACAGCUGUCGACUGUAUAGCAAUGAUAAGGUUUAUACAGACGUUAUUGUUUUCUUGUCUAUUCUCAACAUUUUUGCAUCCUCUCCAGUGACAGAGCUGAAGACUGGUAGUCCAGUUACUCUUGUCUGUAAACUCCACAGCCCUGAGCCUUGUGGAAAAAGCGUUAGAGUGACCUGGGUUAGUGAGACAGGAGUCCCACUGCAGGGAAACAGGCACAAGCUGUCAGAUUUAGAAUGCUCCUCCAGUCUGACUGUGACACUUGAGCGCUCAGACCACAACAUGAAGUGGAGAUGCCAGCUAACUGUGGAGGGGAAGCUGAAGGCCUCACACAGUUACACCACAAGCUUCCCUGGUGUCAGUGGAUCGGAAACUACAGUGUACUCCAGUGCAGGAGUGCCUGUCUCACACAGUUACACCACCACCUUCCCUGGUAAGAGCUGGCUUUCCUUUUAGUUAGAAGACAUCAGAAGUUUCCUGCCAUUCAUAAUAGGAUCAGGACAGUAUGUACUUUUAAAUCAAAAUUAUUUAUUUAGUGCGCAUUGAAUAUUUUAGCUGCAAACUUAAUUUUAAAAAAUUGGGUCAGCUAUGUUUUUCAUCAGUUUUCGUCUAAAAGUUUUUGUCGUAAAGGAAUGUAUGGGGAGGUGGUUUCAUUUUUAGUAUUUUUUGAAGACAGACAGAUUUAUCAAUUUCAAGUUUACUUUAUUACUGUUUACAGGUCUUUAAAAAUAAUCAUGAUGCAAAAUAUUAAAUAUUAAAAUACCACAAGAACACAACAACACUGUUUCACUUCUCACAAAUGCUGCAUUUCUUACUGUGCGUGCCACUCUGCCAUCCACUUUCAUUGCAUAGUUUGGCACAUUGUAGCUGGCUAACAUUACCCAGGAUUUAACUGACCCUGUCGCACAUUAUUUUUUGGUAUAGCUCAGUCAAAACUUGGUCAGUGUCAAAGAUUUCACUCAAAAGGUCCAAAUAGCUCUUUCUAGUUAGUUUUCUUGUUUUAUUGUAUAUCAUCAAAAACACAAAUGUGCAAUGGUAGAAAGAUGGAGCAAAACGUUGUUGUACACUUUGAUAAAAGAUGCCCUUUUAUUCUGACGUGUGCUUUUCUGCCUCCUCAUCAACCUCACUGUGUCAGCGACUAAACUGUUUCU